AUGGAAGACCCACAAUCAAAGAAGGGAGCCAAGAAGGGAGCAAAGAAAAUCACUAAGGCUGAUAACGAUGAUUCAACUGCUGGAGAACUCUAAUUUGGAGGAAAUAUGGAACUAGUUAACUUCGGAGGUGGUGCCACUAAUGACGAACUAGGAGAGGAAUUCAAUGAUAAAUAAAGAGAGCCAAACGUAAUCCAUUUACAUUAUCAACAAAGAACUGCCCGUAAAUGUUUGACUAUCAUCUAGGGAUUACCAGACGACUUGGACUACAAGAAGAUCUUGAGAGCAUACAAGAAGUUAUUCAAUUGCAGUGGCACUAUAGUCGAGGAUGAAGAGAUGGGAACCGUCAUUCAGUUACAGGGAGAUAAAAGAAAGGAUGUUGCCAAGUUCUUACUUGAGGAAGGUAUUGCUACCAUUGAAGAAAUCAAAAUUCACGGUUAUUGA